UUUCACCCCGUCCGACACUCCAGACAUUCCCAUUCUCUCCUCUCUCUCACACGCCUGAUGCCUCGCACCCUCUCCUUGUCUCAUCUCAGUCCCCCGCCUCUGACCUCGUUCCAUGGAGAAUCCACCAGGAACCCCUCCUGAAGGGCAUCCUGUCAUUCUGACUAGCUGGGGAUGAGCUGUGUUGGGACGGGUGAGGCUAACUAGUUUGUGGAGAGGUAAGGGUGUGUUGGGUGGGAGUUACAUUGCUGUCUCCUCUGCCCGUUACCAAUCUCACCCUUUGCAAAUAGCAGCCUCUGUUGCUCAAGUGAACAUUUGCGAAUGUUUUUCAUGCUUUUACCCGCUACUCCCCUGCCUGUCCAGGUAUCACUCAGUCACCAAGUGCUCUGUCCUGCCUUUUCCUUUCAGUGUUGGUUUGUCCCUUAUCUCUGGACUUUAUGGUGGCAACAGGAUUUCUUGCUCCUUAAAUGUGUGAAUGAUUCAUUAUUGAAUUGUGACCUGGAUCUGACCCAAUAGUUUCUUGGGAAGGCUGUCUCAUCACACAGUUAGUGUUCCCUGGCUCUCAGGAGCAGUUUGACAACUCCUCCCCCUUCUGAUUGCAGUUACAGAAAUGUGUUAGCACCACUCGGCCAUUUACCAACUGAACCCUGCAGUCUCUUGUCUGUCCAACCAAACCUAAAGAAUUAAUCUAAUCUGAAUUCCCCCAGGUAGAUUUAGGACACGUUGUCACAAGAAGGAAUCCAAGUCAGACUCCAGACAACCACUGCACUGCAGACACGAGUUUCCUAUCCCAGUGAAUGUGCACUUGAAACCUCCUGUUAAACCACACCAGAUUCCGAUUCAGAUAUAAUUAUCACAUGGACAUGCAAACACACAGUGAAAUAUGCUGUUUGCAAUAUGACCAGCACAAGCUGGGGGCAGCCUGCAAAUUUCGGCUCCAACACAACACGUCCACAACUUUCAGCAGAACAGCUCGAAACAGAACACAAGGCUCGAACUAGCUUGUGGACUGACCUACCCCCACCCACAUUAUCUGCACAAAUUACCCAUCAACCGGCACCUGGCUGGGAUUCAGGAGGAAGCAGGAAUGUCUGGCAGGUUAGUCAGGGAGAAGCCAGUUUGCCAGAUUCAGGAGGAAGCAGGAAUGUCCGGCAGGUUAGUCAGGGAGAAGCCAGCUUGCCAGAUUCAGGAGAUAGAGCAUUUCUCCCCCUCUGGUUGAGGUGUGGGGUCCAUCACUCUUGUACAGGUCACACCUGGCCCAGAAGAGGUCCCAAGCCCUGCCCCUACACCAAGUCUUAAGCUGCACGUUCAUGGGGUAUGUCCUUCUCAUUCUGCCUUCAAUAGCACGAGGCACUGGGGGGAAUCUGGAGGUUACUGCCCACCCCCCCACCCCCCGAAUACCCGCUUGUUAACUCUCCCCUCAAACAGUUGCAGAGAUUUACGUGGUUACAUAUCACCAGCUGCCUAUGCGCAACUAUCAAUGUGGAUGUUGUAGCAGGCUUGAUGGACUGGCAUUGGUGUGGACCAAGUUGGCAGUACUGUGUGCACCAGACUCCUCUCCCUACAGCUUACCCCCUCUGUACCACCCUGUGCUUGGUGCUGUUCGCCCAUGGCACCCACAGCAACCCCACCAAACAAGCCAUACCCCCUAUAAUGAAAGAGCAGCCCUUCCUCAUCUUCUGGAACAUUCCGACUGAGAAAUGCAGCACUCACCGAGGAGUUGACCUCCACCUGGGUGACUAUGGGAUCGUGACCAAUGAAAAUGAAGUCUUUAUGGGAGAGAACAUCACCUUAUUUUACGUUGCACAGUUGGGCAAGUACCCAUACUACCUGGGUGACGAACCAGUGAAUGGGGGCUGCCCCCAGAACGCCAGCCUGAGGGAGCACAGCAGAGCGAUGAGGGCUGACGUACACAGGUACUUAUCCAGGAACUACAGGGGCCUGGCUGUUAUUGACUGGGAAGAGUGGCGGCCCCUUUACUGGAGGAACUGGGGCUCCAAAAUCAUCUACAGGAACAAGUCACAGGACAUUGUCCGAGCCCGGCACCCAGAAAGCUCUUCCCAGCAGGUCGAGAAGCAAGCCCAGGUGGAGUUUGACAAGGCCGCAAGGCUCUUCCUCAGCAGCACCCUGAAACUGGGCCAGCAGCUGAGACCGGCGGCACUCUGGGGCUUCUACCUCUUCCCCGACUGUUACAACUACCACUACGGGCCUGAGUAUGCUGAGUACGAUGGCCGCUGUCCCGCAGUCGAGAUCGAACGCAACAACGACCUGGGCUGGUUGUGGGCACAGAGUAACGCUCUUUUCCCGUCCGUCUACGUGGAGGAACGGUUAAAGUCUUCGAAACGAGUCAAGCUCUAUGCCAGAUACCGAGUGACAGAGGCCAUGCGAGUAGCACUGCUGUCGGGCUCCAAGUACACACGGCCUGUCUUUGUGUACGCCCGCUCGCACUACACUGAAACCCUCAAACCUUUGUCACAGGUUGAUCUGAUCCACACCGUUGGGGAGAUUGCAGCCUUGGGGGCGAGUGGAAUAGUUCUCUGGGGGUCUGUCGACUUCUCCAGGACCACGGAAAACUGCCAGAGUGUGAAGGAUAAUCUGAAAAGCAUCCUGGGCCCCUACAUUUUGAAUGUGACAAUGGCCGCCCGUUUGUGCAGUCACACACUGUGCAGGAAACACGGGAGAUGUUACCGCAAGUGGCCCGAGGAUGAUGCCUUCUUACACCUGAAUCACAAGUCCUUCCACAUGGUGACCCGAGAAAGAAUCUACGUUAAAGGCCGUCUCAGGCGCUCGGACCAGAGGUGGAUUCGAGCCCACUUCCACUGUCAGUGCUACAAGGGCUGGAGUGGUUUACGAUGCAGCCACUUUGAGGUCAGCUCAGCGGCGCCUCGUACGGAACAGUCCAUCUUCACCAUGGCUUUCCUCCCACUGCUGAUCCAGUUCCUCUGCUGAC